ACUGGCUUCUGUGCUGGAGCAAAUCCUGCACUGGAUAUACCAGCUGCUCCCUCUGCAGCCUGGCACUGGGAAGUAGCUUCACUAAGGUUUUAUCCCAAAAGAUUUAUCAGUUAUAGUCAAGGAGGCAUUUCUGCUGCUAAAGGAGCAAAUCUCAUACUUCUUAAGUCAGAUCCCUCAAUACAGGUUUACCAUGAAUGAAAAGAUGGACAUGAACAUAUCUUUGAUAUGGACUUCCAAGAAAGCCAUCAACAGGAUCCAGACUAAUGCAGAUGAAAAUAUAACUUAUGUGGAUUUCUAUCUUCAUCGAUCCUCUGUAGCAGCAGUGUUCAUUAUCUCAUACUUGCUCAUCUUUAUCUUCUGCAUGCUUGGCAAUGGAGUCGUGUGCUUCAUUGUUCUCAGCAGCAAGCAUAUGAGAACAGUUACUAAUCUCUUCAUCUUAAAUCUUGCGGUCAGUGAUCUGCUAGUUGGGAUCUUCUGCAUGCCCACAACCUUACUAGAUAACAUCAUUGCAGGUUGGCCUUUUGGAAACACAAUAUGUAAAAUGAGUGGAAUGGUUCAGGGAAUUUCUGUUUCUGCCUCUGUUUUCACAUUGGUUGCAAUAGCUGUGGACAGGUUCCGCUGCAUUGUGUAUCCUUUCAAGCAGAAGCUGACAAUUUCCACUGCUGUUGUCAUUAUCACAGUGAUCUGGGUCCUGGCUAUUGCUAUCAUGUGCCCAACUGCAGUUAUGUCUCAUGUCAAAGAAGAUAAACACUUUCGAGUAAUUCUUGGCAUUAACAAUCAAACAGGUCCUGUUCAUUGGUGUCAUGAAGACUGGCCUAAUCCGAAGAUGAGAAAGAUCUACACAACAGUGCUGUUUUCUAACAUUUAUCUUGCUCCCCUGUCUCUCAUUGUAAUUAUGUAUGCCAGAAUAGGUAUUACCCUGUUUAAGAGUGAACUGAAUGUUGAAAGUAAAAAUCACCAACAGCAAAGGCAUGCUGUUUCCCGACGGAAGCAAAAAGUCAUCAAAAUGCUCAUUAUUAUUGCUUUGCUGUUUAUAUUGUCGUGGCUACCUUUAUGGACCCUGAUGAUGCUUACUGACUAUGCCAACUUGACAGAAAAUCAAUAUCAAAUCAUUAAUAUUUAUAUCUAUCCAUUUGCACACUGGUUGGCUUUUUUCAAUAGCAGUGUCAAUCCCAUCAUUUAUGGUUUCUUUAAUGAGAACUUCAGACGUGGUUUCCAGGCUGCCUUCAAGCUUCAGCUGUGCUCAGAAGAAAUGGAAAGGAGAAAUAUGUAUUCACAUCGGGCACAAGGCAAUGCCAUCCUACCAGCAACUUCACAAGAUCCCGGGCGGCAAGAUUCAGCCUUUGAUAAACAAAGCAGUGAUGUUAAGGAAUCUGAUAAAAGAAGACCAUUGACAAGCGACCAAGACUUAAUUAUGGAAGACUUGGAAAAAAAUUCUAAUAACAAUGGGAUUCAGAAAGACAUGCUUUGAAAAGUUCACUAGAACUGAGGCAUGGAUUUCAUUUUCAAAAGACUCCUUUCAACAUCUAUUUAUCUAUUAUCAUGUUCAAAACAUAUGCAUACAUGACGUACAUAUUUAUGUUGACUAGUGACUUUUUUGUAAGGUGCUUUGUAUAGCCGCCACAUUGAAUGC